UGCUCUGGGUUUAGUGUCUGUGAGUCCCAGUCAGGAGACAUACCUGCUCAGACACUAUGAGUACAGUCUGCAGCCUCCUGGGACUCCUCCUGUACUGUGUGGCCACCUGGGCUACUGAGACAGCAGAUUUAGAUUUACUCAAUGUGUGUCCUUCCUUUGAUCCCUCCAUCUGUCCACUGGCCAAACCGGGGCCUGAUGAGUGUAAAUUCGACAGUCCGUGUCCAAGUGGCAAAAAAUGCUGUUGCUCCAACUGUGGCUGGAAAUGUGUAACCCCCGUGCAAGUGAGACCAGGACGCUGUCCCCCUAUUAAAGCUAGGUGUUUGAUGCCACUGCCGAAGCCCGAAUGCCAGACGGACAGUAACUGUCCCGGGAAACAGAAAUGCUGUAAUAUUUGUGGGAAUAGCUGCUGGGAUCCUGCGGAAGAGCCACAUGGCGUUUGUCCUGUGAGUGAGAUAGAGAAGGGGAAAAGUCUGGUUUGUCCAUCUGUCCUGUGUAGUCGGGAUUCGGACUGUGCCGCGGAUGAGAAGUGCUGUGUCUCUGGGGAUGGACAGAAAUGUGUGAAGCCUUCUUCAGAUUUAGAUUUACUCAAUGUGUGUCCUCCGUUUGAUCCCUCCAUCUGUCCACUGGCCAAACCGGGGCCCGAUGAGUGUAAAUUCGACAGUCCAUGUCCAAGUGGCAAAAAAUGCUGUUGCUCCAACUGUGGCUGGAAAUGUGUCCCCCCAGUGCAAGUAAAACCUGGGCGCUGUCCCCCUAUUGCAGUCAGAUGUAAGUUCCCACCACCGGAGCCCGCAUGCCAAGCUGAUCGUGACUGUCCAGGCAAACAGAAAUGCUGUAAUAUUUGUGGGAAUAGCUGCUGGGAUCCAGCAGAAGAGCCACAUGGCGUUUGUCCUGUGGGUGAGACCAAGAAGAAGAAGAGUCUGGUUUGUCCGUCCGUACUGUGUAGUCGUGAUUCGGACUGUGCCGCGGAUGAGAAGUGCUGUGUCUCUGGGGACGGACAGAAAUGUGUGAAGCCUUCUCCAGAUUUAGAUUUACUCAAUGUGUGUCCUCCGUUUGAUCCCUCCAUCUGUCCACUGGCCAAACCUGGGCCCGAUGAGUGUAAAUUUGACAGUCCAUGUCCAAGUGGCAAAAAAUGCUGUUGCUCCAACUGUGGCUGGAAAUGUGUCCCCCCAGUGCAAGUAAGACCUGGGCGCUGUCCCCCUAUUGUAGUCAGAUGUAAGUUCCCACCACCGAAGCCCGCAUGCCAAGCUGAUCGUGACUGUCCAGGCAAACAGAAAUGCUGUAAUAUUUGUGGGAAUAGCUGCUGGGAUCCUGCAGAAGAGCCACAUGGCGUUUGUCCUGUGGGUGAGACCAAGAAGAAGAAGAGUCUGGUUUGUCCGUCCGUACUGUGUAGUCGUGAUUCGGACUGUGCCGUGGAUGAGAAGUGCUGUGUCUCUGGGGACGGACAGAAAUGUGUGAAGCCUUCUCCAGAUUUAGAUUUACUCAAUGUGUGUCCUCCGUUUGAUCCCUCCAUCUGUCCACUGGCCAAACCGGGGCCUGAUGAGUGUAAAUUCGACAGUCCGUGUCCAAGUGGCAAAAAAUGCUGUUGCUCCAACUGUGGCUGGAAAUGUGUAACCCCCGUGCAAGUGAGACCAGGACGCUGUCCCCCUAUUAAAGCUAAGUGUUUGAUGCCACUGCCGGAGCCCGUAUGCCAGACGGACAGUAACUGUCCCGGGAAACAGAAAUGCUGUAAUAUUUGUGGGAAUAGCUGCUGGGAUCCUGCGGAAGAGCCACAUGGCGUUUGUCCUGUGAGUGAGAUAGAGAAGGGGAAAAGUCUGGUUUGUCCAUCUAUCCUGUGUAGUCGGGAUUCGGACUGUGCCGCGGAUGAGAAGUGCUGUGUCUCUGGGGAUGGACAGAAAUGUGUGAAGCCUUCUUCAGAUUUAGAUUUACUCAAUGUGUGUCCUCCGUUUGAUCCCUCCAUCUGUCCACUGGCCAAACCGUGGCCCGAUGAAUGUAAAUUUGACAGUCCAUGUCCAAGUGGCAAAAAAUGCUGUUGCUCCAACUGUGGCUGGAAAUGUGUCCCCCCAGUGCAAGUAAGACCUGGGCGCUGUCCCCCUAUUGCAGUCAGAUGUAAGUUCCCACCACCGGAGCCCGCAUGCCAAGCUGAUCGUGACUGUCCAGGCAAACAGAAAUGCUGUAAUAUUUGUGGGAAUAGCUGCUGGGAUCCCGCAGAAGAGCCACAUGGCGUUUGUCCUGUGGGUGAGACCAAGAAGAAGAAGAGUCUGGUUUGUCCGUCCGUACUGUGUAGUCGUGAUUCGGACUGUGCCGCGGAUGAGAAGUGCUGUGUCUCUGGGGACGGACAGAAAUGUGUGAAGCCUUCUCCAGAUUUAGAUUUACUCAAUGUGUGUCCUCCGUUUGAUCCCUCCAUCUGUCCACUGGCCAAACCGGGGCCUGAUGAGUGUAAAUUCGACAGUCCGUGUCCAAGUGGCAAAAAAUGCUGUUGCUCCAACUGUGGCUGGAAAUGUGUAACCCCCGUGCAAGUGAGACCAGGACGCUGUCCCCCUAUUAAAGCUAAGUGUUUGAUGCCACUGCCGGAGCCCGUAUGCCAGACGGACAGUAACUGUCCCGGGAAACAGAAAUGCUGUAAUAUUUGUGGGAAUAGCUGCUGGGAUCCUGCGGAAGAGCCACAUGGCGUUUGUCCUGUGAGUGAGAUAGAGAAGGGGAAAAGUCUGGUUUGUCCAUCUAUCCUGUGUAGUCGGGAUUCGGACUGUGCCGCGGAUGAGAAGUGCUGUGUCUCUGGGGAUGGACAGAAAUGUGUGAAGCCUUCUUCAGAUUUAGAUUUACUCAAUGUGUGUCCUCCGUUUGAUCCCUCCAUCUGUCCACUGGCCAAACCGGGGCCCGAUGAGUGUAAAUUCGACAGUCCAUGUCCAAGUGGCAAAAAAUGCUGUUGCUCCAACUGUGGCUGGAAAUGUGUCCCCCCAGUGCAAGUAAGACCUGGGCGCUGUCCCCCUAUUGCAGUCAGAUGUAAGUUCCCACCACCGGAGCCCGCAUGCCAAGCUGAUCGUGACUGUCCAGGCAAACAGAAAUGCUGUAAUAUUUGUGGGAAUAGCUGCUGGGAUCCCGCAGAAGAGCCACAUGGCGUUUGUCCUGUGGGUGAGACCAAGAAGAAGAAGAGUCUGGUUUGUCCGUCCGUACUGUGUAGUCGUGAUUCGGACUGUGCCGCGGAUGAGAAGUGCUGUGUCUCUGGGGACGGACAGAAAUGUGUGAAGCCUUCUCCAGAUUUAGAUUUACUCAAUGUGUGUCCUCCGUUUGAUCCCUCCAUCUGUCCACUGGCCAAACCGGGACCUGAUGAGUGUAAAUUCGACAGUCCGUGUCCAAGUGGCAAAAAAUGCUGUUGCUCCAACUGUGGCUGGAAAUGUGUAACCCCCGUGCAAGUAAGACCUGGGCGCUGUCCCCCUAUUGUAGUCAGAUGUAAGUUCCCACCACCGAAGCCCACAUGCCAAGCUGAUCGUGACUGUCCAGGCAAACAGAAAUGCUGUAAUAUUUGUGGGAAUAGCUGCUGGGAUCCAGCAGAAGCCCAUAUUUAUCCACUGAAUCUGUGA